AUGAGACUGAUGGAAGCAGAAGCAGUGGUUAGCGAGGAAAUUAAUGAUGACCUUAAAUUGAGACUAGAGAAACAUAGGACCAAUGUGGAUGUACCAGAGAGAAGAACUCUAGAUGAUUUUGACGAUGCAGAGUGGCAUGUGGCACAUAUAAGGGAUAUGGAUUUCGGCCAGCGUAGGAGUGGUUGCAAAGAGGAAACAUUCGCUGAAAAAGUUAUGAGAUACAGGAAGUCUCUACAAAAUGACGGUGCGUUAGUGGAAUACGUUUCAGCUCAGCAGCUGCCUGUCGAUGAAGAGGAUUUAGAAGUCGACGUGUGUCGUAUUCCUGCAGACAUUGAAACAGUGUUUAAACCUAGCGUUGUAAAAAACACUACUAUUGAUAUUAAUAAUAAGAAGAAAGUAGGUGAAGGUUCUGAUAAUACUACUGUUAUUACUGAAGAUAAGAAGAGUGCGAAUGUAAGUAAAAAAGAGAAAGUUGAUACAGCUACUACGCAUGAUGGUAAAGCCAAGCCUGAUAAGGAACCGAAGAGACGUAGCGAGUACAUGUUCAGUUCGGUUGAGUAUUAUGAUGAUGUUAUAGACUUUGAUGCCACAGUAUGUCAUGAUGAUGUGGAGGUGAUCACUUUGGAGGUUGAACACAUCAGGGAUUAUGAUCUCCAGUGUCAGCUUCUGGUAGAGUGGUUGAGUCUAGAAUAG